AUGGAGCCCGGGCCGCGGCGGCGGAGCAGGAGCCGCCCGCUGGUGGCCGCUUUUCUGCGCGACCCGGGCUCGGGGCGCGUCUACCGGCGCGGGAAGCUGAUUGGCAAGGGUGCCUUCAGCCGCUGCUACAAACUCACGGACAUGUCCACCAGCACCGUGUUCGCCCUCAAGGUGGUGCCCCGUGGCGGAGGCGGGGCCGGGCGGCUGCGCCCACGAGGGAAGGUGGAGCGUGAGAUCGCUCUGCACAGCCGCCUGCAACACCGAAACAUUGUGGCCUUCCAUGGACACUUUGCUGACUGCAACCACGUGUACAUGGUGCUGGAGUACUGCAGCCGCCAGUCUUUGGCCCACGUGCUGAAGGCCCGGCAGACCCUAACGGAGCCGGAGGUGCGCUAUUACCUGCGGGGCCUGGUCAGCGGCCUGCGGUACCUGCACCAGCGGCACAUUGUGCACCGCGACCUGAAGCUCAGUAACUUCUUCCUUAACAAGAACAUGGAGGUGAAGAUCGGAGACCUGGGGCUGGCCUCCAGGGUGGGGCCUGGGGGCCGCUGCCACAGAGUGCUCUGUGGGACCCCAAACUUCCUGGCCCCCGAGGUCAUCUCCAGGAAUGGGCACUCCUGUCAGUCGGACAUCUGGGCUCUGGGCUGCGUCAUGUACAUGGUGCUGACUGGGGCCCCACCCUUCACCACCGCCCCACUGUCAGAGCUGUAUCAAAGCAUCCUCAAUGGCUGGUACCCCGAGCCCGUGCACCUGUCACCCCAUGCACGCAGCCUCAUAGCGCGCCUCCUGGCACCUGACCCGUCCGAGCGGCCCAGCCUGGACCACGUGCUGCAGGACGACUUCUUCACGCAGGGUUUCACUCCAGACCGGCUGCCCCCCCACUCCUGUCACAGUCCACCUGUGUUCGUCAUCCCCCAGCCCCUGGGCAGACUUUUCCGGAAGGUGGGCCAGUUGCUGCUCACCCAGUGCCGGCCGCCCUGCCCCUUCACUCCCAAAGAAGCCUCAGAACCAGCAGGGCAGGGUCUGGAGCCAGAUUCCAUGGAGUGGGGCAGUGAGGCCUCUCUAUCAGAGAGAGAGACCCCUGGCCCUGAGGCCCCCAUCUGCCUGCUCACCCAAGGGACCCUUAGGAGUAGCCCCGAGGGGUCCCAGGAGAGCCCCUGGCCGGAAGUGGAGGCGGCCAUCCAGAGGCUGCAGCUCUGCCUGGGAGCUGGGCCCCCAGCCAUGCAGGACUCCCCGGGAGAGCAGAGGCCCCUCCUGUGGGCCCCCAAAUGGGUGGAUUAUUCCAGCAAGUAUGGCUUUGGCUACCAGCUAUCAGACGGGGGCAGUGGAGUCCUGUUCCGAGAUGACACACAUGGCCCUGCGCCCCCCAGGGGGGAAGGGGGCUGGCCCCGACCCUCGCCGCCUGCCGGGCCCAGCCUCUGCCUCCUGCACUUCCUGGCGUCCGAUCAGGCCUUGGUGCUGCUCUUCAGUGACGAGACUAUACAGGUGAGCUGCGGCGGCGGGCAGGCCCAGCUGGUACUGAGCGGCACAGGCGAGAAGCUGCAGUUCACCCUGUGGGAACAGGGCGGGCCCAGCACCUCCUACCCGCUGGCCGCCUUGUGGAGCCACGGCUGUGCUCCAGCCACCCGCCAGCGCCUUCACCACGCACUCCGUAUGCUUCAGGGCAUCCAGGGGCCCUGA